ACUGACGUCUUUUGUCUUACCUUGUUGUACCUGAUACCUCCAAUGUUCUAUGCACACACUGUUUACCUGAACAACCACUCGGAUUGUCGGGUCAGACUGCGGACGCAUAAGACUGCCACAUAUACACUCACCCACGUCAUCUCAGCAGCCAAAGCGACGUAGGAUCGAUUACCUCUAUCUAGUGCUUGGUGGAUGGUAAGCAAGCCCUAUGAUUUAUGACGACGGAAUUCGUUGGCUGGGCCUGCAACAGCAAUGACAUUCCUUCCGUCGAGCCGAAACUGACCUAUCGCCGGGAAUGGUCGGCCCGGAGGAUCAACUAAGCCAGCUAUGCUACGCUACGCCAUCCUUCCAAGGGCCGACUCGAUCUUCGGUGUUCGGGAAGGAUCAGGAACAUAUAUCUUCUAAGUUCUAUAGUAUGAACCAGUGGGCCAAGAUGUGCAGGUUUGCUACUCAAACAGCACGGAUGCGCGUGAGGUGUUCGUCGCUCUGUUCAUUCACGUUUCUGAGAGCCUUGUCUGUGUCUGUUUGUAUUCUGCCAGGCUUAAAUUGCAAAAUUACGACAAAGAUAAGUCUAUAUUACUGCGUAAUUGAGGCACGGAGUCCCUCGUUGGCUACCUUGCCAUCGAGUAGAAAUUCCCUCAAGCCUUGUUUGGAUGGAUUCCACAAACGCUCACACUGCCAGCAUAUGGAUUCUCCACUUUAUCGUCAUAGACAAAUUUAUCUCCAUCACAAGAACCAUGUCAUUGUGCAGGCAGCCAGGUUAUUUCAAUUUAUUCGAAUGCAAGUUCUGUGAUAGACAUGCUAUUUUGCCUUGUGGUCGGAAAUCCCGGGCCUUCCUAUUCGGGAUCGGAUGUUGGUUUCUUAUCCCGAGCAGGGGCGAUUGCUUCCCUGAGAUCAUUGACUAUUCCUCACGAACUUGAUUUUCUUCCUUUUAAUCUCCC